GUCACGAGGAAGAAGCUGCCCAGCUGCACAUGCACGUUACCAUAAAUAGCACGGAAACAACAUAUCGUCAGAUAUAAAAACUACAACUGGUAUAUUUGGUUACACCAGUUAACUUCUGCAGUGGUUUGGGUUCGUUUGAUUGAAAAUAAUUGAAGUACUAACUAUCUGAGAGCAGCUCAGGAGACUAAACAGAGAAAUGGAGACCAGAGAAGCAGGUUGGACACAGGUUGACCUCAGACGUCUGCUGGGUCGCAUCAAGACCAGCAUCCCGGCCAGUAAGAAGGACUGGGGGUAUUCCCGGACGCAGAAGUUUCUGAACUGGAAGAAGAUCACUUUCUCCCAGUACUCGCCUGAAGAAUGUCAAGCCAAGUGGAAGCAGAUGUUCCAGAAGAUGCGCAAGCAACGAACGUUGACAGACCUCCUAGAGGAGGCUGAAGGGGCCAUCAGUGAUCCAUUCAGGCCCAAGAAGCAACAGAUCCACCCCGAGCUCCCGAAGAGGCCCCCCCUGGCCCACACUCUGUACCUGAAGGAGCACCUGGAGCUGUAUAAGAAGCAGCACCCCGAUCUGGAGCACAAGCAGCUGAUCGCCCGACUGAGCGCCUGCUACAAGAAGCUCCCAGCCCGUGUCAAGGUCAAAUAUGUGAAGAAAUACAACCUCUCCCGGGACCAGUACGACAAGGACAUGAUCAGACUCCGGCGGCAGUACGGAAAACCCUUCCAGCCCAUGAGCAACACGGGGCAUUACUCUGCACUGAAGAGGAAGCUAGAGGAGCAGGAUGACCUGGACGCUGAGACUUCCCCCACUUCAUCAGGGCCGAGCAGAAAGAGGGGCAUUGUAGAGCUGCCCAACCAGCCCCCCGUCAACGGGUUCCAGUUGUUGGUGGCGGAGCAGCGGGUGGCGUCGGGGCCCAUGGCCCCCAGGGACCACCUCAGAGCCAGCAGCCUGCGCUGGAGGUCCCUGAGGCAGGCGGAGCGGGAUGGAUACAACACGCGCGCCAACGGGCUGAAACAACGUUAUGGAGCGACUCUGAACGCCUUCUUAUCUAAUUUGACCAAAGAGCAGAAGGAGAUUUUGAAGGAGGACCUGGAAAUGCUUUUCCGAACCGCUAAGAAGUACUCAAAAAUCAAACCGCUCCUGUUUGAUGGAGAGCCCAAGAAGCCAUCCUGUGCUGGGGCAUCGGUGUUCUGCAGUCAGAAGAUGCGCUGCCUGAUUGGGGACUUCCGCGACCACAGAGAAAAGUUCUCGUGGAUCAACUCGAAGUGGAAGACCCUCUCCACGGAGCAGAAGGCUCCCUUCUGUAAGGAGGCCGAAACCAGGUUCCACAGAUACACCUUGGACCUUCAGGAUUGGUUCAGAAAUUUAUCACCAGAGACCCAGGCCGAAUAUUUGAACCAAAAACCAAGAAACAUGGAAUACGUUACCUUGGACCUGGAAAAGCCUGUAAAGAAGGAACGACACAUGGCCUCCGACUCUGAGGAUGAAGAAUAUCUGGACUGCCCCACAGACAUCCCACCUGAGGCCAUUGAGGAAGAGGACCAGGAAGAUGCAGAGGCGCUCUGGACACAUGAGAAGUUUGCAAAGUCAGCAUGCCUCCCAGUUGAGUUCAGCAACGGGUCAGGUUCAGACUCUGAUUAAGACUGAGACUAUUGAACCACAGCGACCAAUGCUCAACGGCGCCGGGGCCAGGAGAACCAAAAGACAUGUUCGCCCGCCCACUCCCACCUCCAAGUGGUAUCAUCUCACCUCCAGCACAUCACAUGUUGGCCUGCUCACUCUCACCUACCCGCGGUAUCAUCUCACCCCCACCACGUCACAUGUUGGCCUGCUCACUCUCACCUACCCGCGGUAUCAUCUCACCUCUUCCACGUCACAUGUUGUCCUGCUCACUCUCACCUACCCAUAUCCCAGCGGUAUCAUCUCACCUCCACCACUCUGGGGCCUUGCUCCAAAUGUGCAGUUCAAUUCAGUGAAGACUUUUUAGUUGGAUUGUAAAGAAAAAAUCCUACAUCCAACCAUAGAAUUGAUCAGGUGUACAUACAUACAUAAAUGGACCGUACGCCAGCCAAUUUGCGAUCCCCCUAAAUGUCAAAGGAUUGUAUGAAAUUAAAGAUUGAUUUACAUUUUGUGUUUUCUGUUUCUUG